GAGAGCCCCAGAUGCUGGAAGUAUAAUGAGAAGAAGCCAUGGCUGCUGGCACAGAGAAAGGUGACUCAGCCAGAGGCACCAACCCAGGGUGGAAGAUACAACCAAAUGAUUUUAGGGCAAAUUACAUCCCAGGUAUACACCCAAGAGUGACGUACCUGCUCUACGAAAUCAGGUGGGGCAGAAGUACCAAGUUCUGGAGGCACUGGUGUCGAAACACCCCAACCCAGCACGCCGAAAUCGCCUGCCUGGAACAUGACUUCAAGAAGUUAAAGUUCAGGCCAUCGGUGCACUGCUCCAUCACCUGGUUCCUGUCCUGGAGCCCCUGUGGGAAAUGCUGCCAGAGUAUAAUGGAGUUCCUGAGGACACACCCCAGUGUGACUCUGAAGAUAAAAGCAGCGCGGCUGUUUAGGCAUAUGGAUGAACGCAACCGACAAGGCCUCAGGAAUCUGAUGGAGAGUGGAGUAGCCCUAUACAUCAUGAACCUGCCAGAUUACAGAUACUGCUGGAGAACAUUUGUUGUCCAUCAAAACGGAGAAGAAGAUGACUAUUUCCCCUUGGUGCCCUCUCUGUGGAUCAUUUUCUAUUGUCUAGAACUCCAGCGUAUCCUUUGGGGUCUCCCUUCAUUGUUAGCAAGACAUGCACACCGCUGAGUAUCAGCAGCACACCUUCAAUCUCGUCCUGUGAGACAACUAGUGCCAAAUGCUUUUGCAAGAGUACUGUGCAGCAGCCAAUGACUGGAAGCCUUUACAUAAGAAUCCUGACUUGCCAGACCCACACCCACAUCUAUUGACCUACUAGCCUGAAGCACCAGCCAAUCAUCGCCAGACAGCAGGGCUGCAAAAGGAGCCACUCAGAAGCAGCCAGCAAGAAGUUCUGAAAAAGCAGCCAAUCAGUAUUUAACAGGACCUUGGGUCUCCAUAUGCAAAACACUGGGGUGGGGAGAUAGAGUCUCCUCACCAGCCCUGCAUGCCCUUUGAGUAGGGGGCAGGGGCUGGAGCAGAU